AUGUCCGACAGAGUCCAAGCAGUCACGGAUGGCUUCCGUAACAAGAACCAAAAUCCUGUAACCAACCCUAAUGCUCCUCCCCCCGAGGACCCUACUACCACUGCUAGCUCCCCGGCAACCCGAACUGCAGCCCCAGCUAUUCCGGCUGAAGGGGAAACCUCUGCCCUUCACCAUCCCGCCCCUUCCAUGCCUCGAGAUGCCGCAGCAAAAAAGAGUAAAACCCAUAAGAACCAAGGGAAAAACGGGAAUCCAAAUCGCUUCGGUAAAAGCUCCGCUGACGCGGCCCCAAACUCUACAAACGAGACUGGGACUAGGAAUGAUCCGGACCUGUCCAAAAGAUUCGAAGCGGACGACACCGACGAUGAGAGUACGGAGGCCGGGAUAGAGGUUUUAGAUCCUACCCCCAAGGAUUCCUCCAAAGGCAAAGCCUCUCCCCCAGUUGUAGCCCCAAAAAGCGUCGCGUGGAAUGACGAGAACAUUGCCACCCUCGUGGAAAAGCAUCUGGCGGCGGAGAAAGCUGGCGACCAAGAAGCAUCCGACCUCUACUUCGCGAUGUUCAAAUCCUUGAUGUCAACAAAGCCCCCCGUGCAUUCGGCUCAAACCCCGGUGUCAGCCUCAGCCGAAGACCUCAGCAACAAGGCGCGUCCGAAAAAGCUGGUCAACCCCGACCCUUACGCUAAGUACGCCCUGAUCCCCAAAUACCACGAUGACGAGGAGAAUCACUCAGAUGCGGUCGCUAAGGCCCCGAACGUCGCUAACACGGCGGGCCCGUCUUCCCUCCCAGAAAAACCCGCUGGCGGUAGAGCCCCAAAGGGUAGCGGGUAUAAAGGCAACAAUUUCGACCCGAAUCACGCCGCGAAGCAAGGCGCGCAAGGGAACGGGAAAGCUCCCCAGUAG